CCGCCCUCGCGCCGCCCGAGCCACCGGCGCCCGGCGCCCGCCGCGCCAUCCGCGCCACCCGCGCCCUCAGAACCCGACGCGCUCAAUAUUUCGACACGGUCACAAUUCCUCCCGUUAUACCCCACUUUCCAAUGUAAAAUAUAACAGCCGAAUAAAUAAUGGAGCAGGUUUGUAGUAUUACAUGGUUUAAACUGGUGAGCAUGUGCGUGAGUGAAUAAUAAAAGCAAUGGAGAAAACAAUGCAAGCUGGAACAUUGCAACAAUCAACGUUGUGGCAAUGUUUAGUACCCGCAUGGGGGUUCAAAGACAUAGAAGAUGAGAAAUUAUAUUGUGCGUAUACGCAGAGGCAGCGGCAACGAGCCGUGCCGCGCCUGCUCGCGAUCGGAGCUUUGCUGCAGGCGUUCGCGGCCAUCGUGCCGGGCGAGCGAGACCUCUCCUUUGCCUACGCCUCCGUAGCAGUGGCGCUGGUUGCGAAUAUAAUCCUAGCAGCCGUCUACAUAUGUGUUCGACCAGCACGCCAAGUCCUCAACCAUGUCGCCUGGCUAGUGCUGUGGGCUCAGCUUUUGGUGAGCGCUUCUCGGCGACUAGGAGAUUCAUACAACGAGUUACUUGGAUGGGCUGUAGUGCUCCAAUACUUCACCCUGGCUAACCUACCAUUACAUCACCUCAUUCUUGCAGUGUAUAGCUCGAUAUCUCUUUGUGGUUAUCUUUCCGUGCAACUCUAUAAUGCCGAAAUAUCUGAAAGCAGGCUGGCCGACGACUUUUUCUUCCAGCAAUUUGCGAAUGCCGCUCUACUUUGUGGUGCUACGUUGCUUGGCGGGACUGCAUAUGCUAUUAAUGAAAAGCAGCAACGUAGAUCUUUUAAGGAAACAAAGAGGAGCUUGCGAGACAAGCUGACGAUCGAACAACAAAGUAAAGAACAGGAGAGACUUCUACUAUCGGUGUUGCCUGAGCACGUGGCCGUCCAAAUGCGUAAAGACUUGGGACUUAUUGACACACAGUUCAAGAAAAUCUACAUGUCCCGGCAUGAAAAUGUCAGUAUUCUAUACGCUGACAUCGUAGGCUUCACGGCUAUCUCGUCGACUUAUUCCGCGCAAGAUCUCGUUGCUAUAUUGAAUGAGCUAUUUGCUCGUUUUGAUCGACUUGCUGAGAAAUAUCAACAGCUGCGUAUUAAAAUUCUGGGUGAUUGUUAUUAUUGCAUCAGCGGCGCGCCUGUUGAGCGUCCUGAUCAUGCAGUGCUCUGUGUACACAUGGGCCUAUCUAUGGUAAAAGCUAUAAAAUACGUGCAGCAGACUACGAACUCGCCAGUGGACAUGCGGGUGGGUAUCCACACGGGGGCCGUCCUCGCGGGCGUGCUCGGCCAGAGGCAGUGGCAGUUUGAUGUCUACUCCAGGGAUGUCGAACUCGCUAAUAAAAUGGAGAGCAGUGGCAUGGCAGGGCGCGUACAUGUUUCUGAAGUAACUCUGAGUUUUCUGAACAACGACUUCGAGGUAGAGCCGGCUCACGGCGAGCGCCGCGAAGAAAUGUUACGCCAAGCGGGCAUCAAAACUUACUUCAUUGUACGAGUUCUCAAACCUUUCCAAGGAGGCGAUGAGAAGAGUGCACCGGAGGGCGAGGCGGCGGAGGGUGGCGACUCGGCCGACACGCUCUCCGACCUGCGAGACGAUGACGAGGACUCGGUUCUGUCGCCACAAGACGAGAGCAAGGACAACGAAGGACAGAAAAUACUUAGCAUGUUACAAGAAGAACUGGUGAACAGAGACGACGACAAGGAGCUAGCAGAUGGAACAACAUUAUGCCUGACGUUCAAAGCGUCGGGCGCGGAGGAAUUGUACGCGCGGCGCCGUGACCCGUUCCCGAUGGCGGUGGUCGCGCCGCCGCUGAUGCUGAUGCCCACUAUCAUCACGCUGGCCAGCUUCGCGGUCCCUCCAGCCUGGUCCCUGCACGCCGUCUACCUAGCGCUCCUGCUGGAGACCGGCCUUAUCAAUUUGGUUUAUUACUCCUGCCACCGAUACUCCCAAUUUAAGAAAAAAACUGUCAGUCCGUACUGGAGGUUAACUUGCGGAGCGUUAAACAUCGCAAUGUUCGUGGCCGCGAACGUUGCGCCACUGAUUAUAUGCGGGAGCUUCGAGACGGAGUUGCAGGAGGAGGCGCAGCGCGACGACGCGCCUGCGCACAGCGGCGCGCGGCGCUGCAUACAUCCUUCUUACUACUAUCAUGUGGGUGCGGCUGCGGCUUGCGGCGCGCUGUGGGUGUCUCCGCUGGGCGUGUGCGCGCGCAGCGUGCUGCUGAUACUGCUGGCGCUGGCGCACGCUCUGCCCGCGCUGCUGCACCCCGCGCUGCUGCUGUCGCGCCCCAGCCUCGACAGAGACCCCUUCCGUCUGCGGUACAACGCCACGACGGACUACGAUGAAGAUCUACUGGCUAUCUUGGCUCGCAUCCAUGGAGGACGUAACAUAAUAAUGCUUUUCUUCAUAGUUGCGGCGCUGCUUAUUUUGAACAGAUACGUGGAGUCCCUGGAGCGCGCGCGGCACUCGCGCGGCGUGCGCAUGCGCGCGCAGGCGGAGCAGGCGGGCGACCUGCGGCGCCGCAACCAGGCGCUCAUCCACAACGUGCUGCCGCCGCACGUCGCGCGCCACUUCAUGGGCGCGCGCCACCACCACCGUGACCUCUACAGCCAGAGCUACGCCGAGGUCGGCGUACUAUUCGCUUCCAUGCCUAACUUUUCAGAGUUCUAUUCAGAAGAAACCGUUAACAACCAAGGCCUAGAAUGUCUGCGGUUUUUGAACGAAGUUAUAUCAGACUUUGAUUUGUUGCUAGAAGACUCGAAGUUCAGCAAGGACAUUAUAAAGAUUAAAACCAUCAGCUCCACAUACAUGGCGGCGUCCGGCUUAAACCCUACGCGACACAUGAAGCCCUCUGAUGGUGUCCUGGUGCGGUGGGCGCACCUGGCCUGCCUGGUAGAGUUUGCGUUGGAGCUGCAGCGCGUGCUGGCCGCCAUCAACGAGCAGUCCUUCAACCACUUCGUGCUGCGCAUGGGCGUCAACCAUGGACCCAUCACUGCAGGGGUUAUCGGGGCACGCAAGCCCCACUACGAUAUUUGGGGCAAUACCGUCAAUGUUGCCUCAAGGAUGGAGAGCACAGGCAAAGCUGGAUGUAUCCAGGUUACGGAGGAGACUUGCCAGAUUCUGCAAAGUUUCGGUUACUACUUCGAGCAGCGCGGGCUGGUCGCGGUCAAGGGCAAGGGCCAGCUCAUGACCUACUACCUGCAGGGCAAGCGCGACACGCCCACCGGGCCCAUGGACAAGCACACUGUGGAACCACCAGCACCAGAAGCAGGAGCUGGCGAUGCUUUACUGGCGAAUGGAGAUGCAGUGGAGAAGUGCGACCCGUUGCGGCUGGCGGAGCCCGGCCCGGACCGGCCGCUACUGCCGGCCUAGACAGACAUUCCAUCACACAUUUAGGCGUCAACAGAACACGGUGACAUUUGACAUACAUCGACAACAAUGACAUAACCCAAAAGAUGACGAAAACAAGAAAUAUUUAAUACAUGAGAUUUGUGAUGUGAUCACACAUAGAAGAAGUCAUUUGUAAUAACCAUCUUGUCUUAAAUGUGGUGUCUAUGGAAUCUACUCUUUAACGCGAUAUAUACUUUGAGGUAAUGAGGAAAGCAAUCGCACUCAGCUAUAAAAUAUUGCGAAGGUAGUUGAAUCAUCGAUGAACAUUUAAGUAUAUUUAACUACUUAAACAAAGCGAGGCACGUAUGUAUAUAGUUACUUAGUAACUAUCUCGUAAUUUUAACUAUUUGGGCUAUGUCAGUGUUCCAUAUCGAGUUUAAAAUACGUAAAUGUACUGUACGUGUAUUCGUAGCAAUAGAUAACGUCUCUAUUAUAUAAAAAUAUUUAGGGGAA